AUGGGGCAGAGAGAAAUGGGCUUGAAAUGGCGCCAUUUGGCGGUCGUUCACAGGGCACGGAAUCAUCCCACCUCGGCCAUCAGGUCUCAACAAUCAAACUCGUCAGGCUAUCAAAUAGCCAUGCCAUGUGUGCAUGCACUCAUGCAUGUGCGGAGACAUAAUCAGCUUCGUUCACAGCGCCCUCGGAUUACGGGUGGGCAGGACGGGCCUGGUGUGAACACACAAUGCAUACAAAUGUCAGCGACUCCUCUGCCUGUCCAGGUCUCGGCCCCUGCUGUCGAGGUGUCGGACAACUCGACACUUGUAUCCGUUCGGGUGCAAAAAUCACGGAGUAGUUGUCAUGCCUGCAGGGUUGAGUCAAUUACGGCAUAG